UUGGGGACACACUGCAACACAAUCCUGAUGUGUUGUGAAAAACGCUUAGAUGUGACCACCGUGUCCUGAUGUGUGGCCUUUAAAAGCUGCACUGCGCUGCUGCUGGACUCAUCACUUUCUCUGAACAUCUCAGGUUACCUGGCAGUGCGCACCUGACUGCAGCUCCUCAGCCACAACUGUCCGCCACUUCCUCAGUCUGCCAAAACCAGUCGACACCUUAUCUGUUAUUGUGAGUAACGUUUUGUUUGUACCGUCACAGGCAGCUUUUUUUCCCUUUAAAUUCGAUGCUCCAAAUCGAUCAUUAAUGGCGCGAAUAUUUGGAAACGAGCGUAGAACUGCGUAUCCAAGCAACAAGCCGAGCACACUUUAGGACAGAAGCAGGUGAAAGGUGAAUUUUGAAGCACUUCAUGUCGUUUUUUUUAUUAUUAUUUGAGUGCAGUGAAGCGAAACUGUGUGGACUUUUCCUCAGAAAAUAGUCAAAUGUCUUCAAAACUGAGGACUGGCCCUUUCUACUUCUUUGACCAGGUGGGUUGGAGGUUCGUUUUGCUGACUGUGGGUUUUUGAACAAAGCAACAACACAUUCACGGUGUAAUUACCUCUCUGCAGCCAUCAAGACGAAAUCGAAUUAGAGGAACACGAAGCAACAUUUUACAUUUUAAUAUGCCACAAAGAGGACGGCAGCUGGACAGUAAUCAGGAGGAGGACGACAAAGAAGGUAGAACCGAAGAGCUCAACAAAGAGAACCUGUCAGGUGAAACAUGUGAGGAUGGAGAACCUGAUCCCUCCUCUGCUGCACUGCGCGUAAAAGACCCCGGUCCGCUGGACGCGUAUCAGCGAGCAGCCACUCACUUAUUAGAUGAAUUGGCCCGCCUACUUUCACAACAUAAGUGGUCCGAGGAGGGGUGCAUUCCUCGGGGGGUUGUAAAUAUCCUAAAUUACUCCUGGCACGAUUUGACUGCAGGGGCGUUGCACUUGAGAAGUCCGAACCUGACUGACGAACGACGCAAGUCCAAAGGUUCCCCGAAGCUGGACCGAACUCCCCUCCAGGUGUCCGCCAGCGCCAAGGAGAAGGCUGGAGAGAGGGACGAUGGCGUUGUGGGGAACGAUGGCUCCACUGUCAGAGAAGCACAAGUUAGAUCAAAGCCACGUGUCAAAGAGCGCAAACAGAACUCCAAUAGAGCAGCUCACAACUCCACAACUUGUACUUUCUCCGUGUCGUCUGGCAGCUGUAACGGUCCAGGUUGGGUCGUUCAGCUAAAGCAGCCCUCCUACGAUGAGCCUCAGCGGAUCGCUUUGUGUCAGUGGGUGGUGGAGCGACUACAGGCAACAAGAAAUCCUGGAAAGCUGCCAACAACUGAUCAGGACCUGAACAUGCCGCUCAUACUCCGUCACUACGGUGAUGUAAAUGCUAAACUUAAAAACAGGAGAAAGAAGGCCGAAACCCCCACUUUAGUUGAUGGGAUGCCCCAGAUACCAAAAGUGAAGCAGGAGGAUCCAGUCCAGCACAAACUGCACUACAGGAUCAAUGACGGCUCCUCGUUCAUAUAUUAUCCAUCAGGCUACAUGGCUGUAUGCCAGAGUCACUCAGGUCGUCCCUGUGGAGGCUUCUACACCAACGUGUUCACUGACGACGAGUUUCCCGUCAUCCUGGCGACUAUCACAGCGUUUGGACAUGGGACUGCUACACAUCCUCUGAGCUCUGACAUUACAGCAGCGUGGGACCAGGAAGGUGGACUCAUGUAUGAUAGUUGUGGAAACAUAACAAAGGAGUGGAGUUGGCAGACAAAUUGCACACCGAAGGAAAAGAUUAUCAUACAGUUGUCAGAUAUGAUCUCUGUGAGGCUGUUCAGCGGUUCGUCUGCUAUGCUCAGCUUCAGAUGUGACAAUGAAAGUGUUCAGCUUCCACUUUCUUCGCUGUCUAAUGUUAACCAAUCAAAGGAAAUGUCUUGUUUGCUGACGGAAGGGAAGUACAUGUCCGAUGCUGCUCAAGAUCUCUUGUUGAGGAAGACAAAAUGUCCUGCUGCGGCCCCAAAGAGCAACGAGAGCCUGUUGCUAACAGCUGUGUCUGUGGGCUCCCAGGAGGUCCUCCAGAUGGUCAGGGAGGUGGAGGGACUGGAGGAGCUGUCAGCACUGUGGAGAAGAGGAGGACAUGUUGGCAGGGAGCUGAAGAGGCUCCAGCGAAGGGUUCAAAACGCAGUGGAAGACUGGUUGGACUAUUAUCGUGAGGCCAUUGGUAUCAAGUGUCUUGACACGGAGCGGAUGCCAGAUGCCCCACUGAGGACCAAGCUGAGAAGAGAAAUACAGUCAGCCGCUCUGCCCUCCCUGAACCCACCUCAACGGGCAGAUGCUAAGCCAGCGCAGCCAGAGGAGGGCAGGGAUGAGUGUCGGGAGCUUCACAGACACCUGUCAGCGCCUGCAGAAAGACCUCCAGACUUCCCCAACAAGCUGCCAAGGAGCCCAAAAAAGCAAGCGAAGUCGGCGCCCCAUGUCACCGUAAUAGGACCCCUGCAGAUUCAUGGCACCAUCAAGCUAGAGUCGGUAUUUCUCCCAACCGCUCCCGACUUGCAGACGUCCACCGCGGCUCACCGUCCAGCUGAGGCGCCGUUUGCCCCCUCCAUCCCCCUCACAGUGUGCCCGGCUCUGCUGAGAGCUGCCCUGCAGGGGGAGGAGCAGCGGAGGAGGAGGUGCUGCUGCAGCGCUACACUGAUGCCAGUGGUGACAGACCUGGAGUAUGAUGCCUUCAUCAUGGGCCAGCCUCCGCACAGUCAACAGAUCCUGGUGGUGUGUGUGACUGUGCCCCACCAACCCGUCAACACGCACACGGCGCAGACCCAGGACAAACUGGAGGAGCUCUACAGGAGCACCAACAAGCACAGAACCAUGCCGUGUGCUCAGUGCCAGAUGGACUCAUUUCGCCUGGUGAGGUAUGAGAUGUCGACGGGGAAGUCCAGCUGUGGAUUCGAGAGCAACCUGCUGCAGCAGCGACACAAUGCUGCUCCUGGGAUGGUCCUGAUGUACAACAGGGGGAAGCUGCUGUUUGUGGGCUACAUAUUCAACAGUCACAGUUGCUCAGCCAGGGACCUUCAAAAGCAAAUCUCCAGAACCAGGGGAGACUACAGAUUAGGUCUGAGUCUCCCUUCAGACUACAAGUUCAGCGACACAGUGAACAAUCCUGCAGCCACCGAUGCACACAACUCAUCAGGAAAAACACUAUCAGGAGGAGAUGACUUCAUACUGAUUGCCUCAGAGGAAAGGGAAAUGACUAAUACAAGGAGAAACAAUCCCAUUCCUGAGGCGUCGCUCCACCGACUGAGAGAUUUUUGUAUCCAGCCCAAAAAUGCUCCUGCAUUUCCUCCUGCUCCUGUUAUCUCACACUGAUCAUGCAUCAGUUAAACUAUUACAUGAGUGUAAGCAUUCAAAAGCUCCCCAGCGCAUCAGCUGUGAGCUCAGGUUAAUGUGCAGACUGUAAACGUCUGACCUGCUUGAACUGCAAGUUGGAAGCACUGAACAGUGUAAUAUAUAACUGAGAUGUACAACAUUCUUCCAAGUUAGGAGCAUAAUGACAAGUCUCAGUGGGUUCAGGGUAAAGAGGUAAUCAGUGACUUCUGAUGCUUCAGUGUUGUCUGAAAAAUGCAUUUUUCAACUUUUGUAGAUAUCCAUUUGUAUGUGUUAUAUAUUUUUCAUUUGCAUGGGAAGAUUGAAUAAAGAAGGCAAACUAUCCAA